UGCCGCAGAAGAACCCGCUGUCCCCUCCUCCGCCAUGUUUGUGCUGCUAACUCAGUCAAAUGUGUGUAUUUUAUAAGUUUUAAAACAUGUCCGGGACUGCAGACAGCUGACACGCACUCGCACCUGAAGGAUCUACCCCGACGUCGCGUUAUUUUACUCUCCGACUCGAGGAGGUUGUGAUGUCUGCGCCCCGUGUGCUUCUGUCUCUGGCUCGGACCCUGGCCCCCCGUGGCCCCUGUGGCUCCUCCCUCAGAUCCCUCCACAGGACCCUGCUGUCUGUCAGGAGGAUGUCGUCCAGGAGACAGAUGGAUCAUCUCCAGAGGACCGCAGACCAAACCAGACAAACUGCCGUGUACCCAGCGCAGGUUUGUGGCAUCACAGACGAGUCGGACACAGUGAAGAGGCUGAGUUUGGCCGUUCAUCCAGACUUCAGCUUUAAGGCAGGACAGUGGGUGGACCUGUUCAUCCCGGGCCUGGAGACGGUCGGGGGUUUCUCCAUGUGCUCCAGUCCAGGUCUGCUGCAGAGGGACGGGCUCAUCGAACUCGCCGUCAAAUACACCCAGCACCCGCCGGCUCACUGGCUCCACACACAGUGCUCGGCGGGCGCUCAGGUGGCACUGCGAGUGGGCGGAGACUUCUUCUUUGACCCCGCCCCCUCUGACCCGGCCCUGGACCUGCUGCUGGUGGGCGGGGGCGUGGGCAUUAACCCGCUGUACUCCAUCCUGCUGCACGCGGCCGACCUGCUCCGGCUCAAACGGACCAACGUGAGCAGCGCCCACCUGUGCCACAGCGCCAAGAACUGCCACGAGCUGCUCUUCAGGAGCUCCAUCGUGGACGUGUGCGACGAGUUCCCCGACACGUUCUCCUGCGAGUUCCACGUGACCCAGCAGGACGGCGACGUGGAGCCCAGACUCCAGCCCCACACCACCGUGAGGGGCAGGAUCACAGCUGAGCACCUCGAGGUCCUCGUUCGCCCUCAGAGCACCCUGUGUUUCCUGUGUGGUCCUCCCCCGAUGCUCCAGACGCUCUCGUCCGUCCUGAAGGAGCUGGGCGUCCCCGAGGACCGGAUCAGGUUUGAGAAGUGGUGGUAGAACGAGAACCCGGGAGGGGGGGGCGCUACACGAACAUCUGCAUGAACUGUGCUUCUGAAGAGACUUUGUAUGGACGUACGUGGCUCCGCCCCCUCCGGGUUUGGACUCUUCUUCUUCUGCUGCGACGCACAAGACUCCAGGUCCAGACUAAACGCUGCCCCCGGUGGAACUUUACAAGAACAACACCUCACAGGGCCCAAGUUAAACUGAACUCUGUUCUAAUGUCGUUUCCUCAACACAAACAGACUGGAGCUGUGUUUUGUUUUAUUCACACACGUUUAACACACAAACCCUCAAACAGAAAACACUCUGAUCCACCUUGUGAUGUCAUGUGGUGAUACAGGAAGUGCUCCACUGUGUUUUUAAACUCCACACACCUUCACUAGAAUCAUUUAGAUCAGGGGGGUCAAACUCAUUUUGGUCCGGGGGCCGUAUCCAACCGACUUUGAUCCCAAAGGGGCUGGAUCAGAAAACUCAUGACAUAUAAACCCCAAAAAUUAUCUUUUUAAUUGAUGAACUCUUUCUUUUACAAAAUAUUAUAAUAUUAUGAACAACCUGAAACUUUAAGAAAAAUUCAAUUUCAACACAAAGUUUUAACAUGAACUUGGAUGUAAACAGGAAUAAGUCAAUUUUUUGUUGUAAAAUUCCUGCACUCGGCUCCACUUUUCUCAUGUUGGACAUUUUUCUGAUGAGGGUGUCACGGUCAACAGUCAAAACGAUCGUCCUUUAAGAGCGUUUGGAAAGAGACAAGUCUUCAUUUGUGCUGCUCUGGUGGGAGGGGCCACGUACAGAGACGCUGGAGACGCUGCUGUGAUAAACACCACAGAAAAUUAACAAGAUUUUAAUUUAAAUAUUUAAGUUGAAAACCAGCCAAGGGCCAGAUUAAAGGUCUUGGAGGGCCGGAUCUGGCCCCCGGGCCUUAUGUUUGACACCUGUGAUUUAGAUCAUUUCACAUCUAGAAUCGCCGAUGUCGACUGAACUAAAGAUAAAAGGAGCAGUUCACAUGAAAACGACAGCUUCAUGACAUCACAAAGUGGAACAGAGUAUUUUGAGUGUUGGAGAUGUAGACAGACUGGAGCGUCUCUACGUCUGUGUGGAGGCGCGUCUAAGGCGUCCUGCGUUUUUGCGACACGUCUUCAGUGCGGAGAGAAUCUGGCGUCGCCGCAGAGCACCUGGAGCGUUCAGGCGUCAGACGUUGAAAAUGCUGAACUUUUGGCGGUGGAUGAGCCACAUCAACCAAUCAGGGACGAGUAUCCAGAGACGUAGCGAUGUUAUUAUUAAGAAGAAGAAGAAGAAAGAGAAAGACCCGGGAACCACCAAACACCAGAACAAGAACUCUACUCCGUUUCAUUAGCGGAUUAUAAAUAUAAACACGCCACAACCACAGAGCCAAAAACGCUGAUGUGUUUUAUGUAAUAAAUAAACUAAAGUCAUUCUCGACCUGGAAACGUGUCAAGUAUUUUUCUGUCGUUGGUCCUCGGCGUCUAAGAUCCACAUCAGGUGCGUCUGAACAAAAAAACACAAAGACUCCAACUCGAGGCGUCCAGGUCCAAACUUAAUCAUAAAGAUUUACUCAAACGUGAAUGAAACAAAACACAAGUCCAGGUCUGUUUGUGAGGAGGAAACGACAUCAGAACAUGGAUUAAACUCACACGUGUUGUUUUAGUUUUAUCAUCAAGAGAAAGUUACACUGUUCAGGUCCAGUGUUCCUCACAGCACAUGGAUUCCUACUUGAGUUUUACUUUUAUGUUUUUUUUUUUUUUUAUUCUGACUUGAUGGUGCACAACACAAAUCUAGAAAUGAUCAUUUUACAAACAACUUUAAAUAGCUCAUGUGUUAGAAACUGAAUGAUACUGAGACUUUAACCCAGGGGUGGGCAAACUACGGCCCAGGGGCCAUAUGUGGCCCUUAAAUCUUUUUAAUCCGGCCCGCCAAACUUGAAUAAUAAUAAUAAUAAUAAUAUUCAGUGUUUUAAAAGUCAUUUCAAUAAACAGUAAAAACCAUGAGACAGAUAUUUUUGUUGUAAUGAUUUUAAAUUCUGGGAUAUUUUAAUAACAAAAAAGUGAAAACAUGUAUAGCAAACUCAGAGGGCUGAUGUCCAAAAACUUUAUUUUUAAAUAACAUUUCAGCAAAAAAAGUUUCAGUCCAAAGCCAGAAAAAUAUCUGAUGAAGGCUUUUUUUUUUUUUUUCUUGCCGAAACGUUAUUUCAAAAUAAAAUAUCUUCUGGA